UCUGGGGGUGUGUCUCAGUGAUGCAGAGGCCAAUCGUCUCCUGAGACUGAACCAGAGCUGGAGCAGAGCCUGCAGCCGCCAGCAGGAGGCGCACAGUGCGAUGCAGACGGGGGCGCUGAAGGGGCAGAGCUUUGAGCAGAGGUGUGAGAGCUGGAUGUGCUUCCUGCAGAAGAUGGAGGACAGUCUGGCUGUGGACGUGGCCGGGUCGUACCAGGGACUGAGGCAUCAGCUCUGUACUCACAAGAGGUUCCAGGCUGAGCUCUCUGUGGGACAUCAGAUCCUCCAUUCUGUGAUCUCUGAAGCUCUGCACCUGCUGCACCGAGGAGAAGUCGACCACAGAGAUGACUUCCUGUUGAAGCUGGCAGCUCUGCGUCAGCACUGGCAGGGGGCGCUGCAGAGAGCGGAUCAGCGUCGCGCUCUCAUCGAGGGGCUGGUCCGACACUGGCACCUGUACCACCGCACCACCCGAAAACUGCACCGCUUCUUGUCCCAAACCCGCGCUCUGCUGCCCCCCGCUGGACUGUCCCACUGCAGCCUCCAGGAGCUGCGCCGCUCACUGCUCCUCCUACAGCACACGGAGGUGAAGUUUGAGCAGUACCAGAGCAGUUUCUUCCACACUCUGGAGGUGGGACGACAGCUCUUCUCGAUGGGGGACCAGGAGACCCAGGCCCAGCUGCAGACGGAGCUGGGGACGCUGCAGCACGAGUGGGACAGUCUGCACGGGCUCCUGGCCAAAAGGAUGGACCUCACCGGGGACAUCAUCAAGAACUGGGAGCGCUGUGAAACCGGACUGACCAAUAGCACGCGUCAACUGAAGGACGUGAAAACCAGACUCAACCAAUCACUGCCCGAGUGUGACGAGGAUCUACAGAAGGAGGAGCAGUUUAUCAAGGAGACGGAGGAGCUGAUGGAGGACUGGGCCGGGUGCCUGUCCGACCUCAAGACCAUGAAGGUGGAUCUGUCCCAGUUUAUCAUGGCAGAGGAUGAGCUGCUGCUCCAGGAGCAAGUGGACUUUCUACAUCUGCAGUGGGACGAGCUCUGUGUCAAGGUGUCCCUUCGUAAACAGGAGAUCGCAGAUCGUCUGAACGCUUGGAUCAUCUUUAAGGAGAAGAACAGGGAGCUGUGUGAGUGGCUCACGCACAUGGAGAACAAAGUGGCCCACAGCUCCGACCUGAACAUCGAGGAGAUGGUCGAGAAGCUCAAGAAGGACUGUAUGGAGGAGAUAAACCUGUUCAGUGAAAAUAAAACUCACCUGAAGAAACUGGGAGAGCAGCUGAUCUCGGCCAGUAACAAAACCAAAGAAACUGAAGUCAAUGAGAAACUGAAGGACGUCAACGACCGCUGGGAGCAUCUGUUUGACCAUAUACAGGCCAGGGUGUGUAAGCUGAAGGAGACUCUGGUGACCGUGCAGCAACUGGACAAGAACAUGAGCAACCUGAGAACAUGGCUCUCACGGAUCGAGAGCGAACUGUCCAAACCUGUGGUCUACAACGUCUGCCAGAGCGACGAGAUCCAGAGGAGGCUCAAGGAACAACAGGAUCUCCAGCGGGACAUAGACCAGCACACAGACAGCGUGGCCUCGGUCCUGACGCUCUGUGAUGUUUUACUUCACGACUCGGACGCCUGCUCCAGUGACUCUGAGAGCGACUCGUUUCAGCAGACCACCUCCAGCCUGGACCAGAGGUGGAGAAACAUCUGCGCCAUGUCUAUGGAGAGGAGGAUGAGGAUCGAGGAGACCUGGAGACUGUGGUGUAAAUUCUUGGAUGAUUAUUCUCGGUUCGAGGACUGGCUCAAAUCUGCAGAACUCACCGCAGCAAACCCCGAGUCUGAGAACGUCCUGUACACCUGCGCCAAGGAGGAGCUCAAGAAGUUUGAGGCGUUUCAGAGGCAGGUGCACGAGCGUUUGACCCAGUUGGAGCUGGUCAAUAAACAGUACCGGCGUUUGGCCCGGGAGCAGCGCACCGACGCCGCCUGCAGGCUCAAGCUGAUGGUGCAGGAGGGGAACCAGCGCUGGGACAGACUGCAGAAGAGAGUCUACGCCAUCAUCAGGAGGUUAAAGCACUUUACUUCUCAGAGGGAGGAGUUCGAGGGCACACGGGAGGGCAUCCUGGUUUGGCUGACGGAGAUGGACCUGCAGCUGACCAACGUGGAGCAUUUUUCCGAGAGCGACGUGCAGGAAAAGAUGAAACAACUCAACGUGUUCCAGCAGGAGAUCAUGCUGAACACAAAUGCGAUCGACGCCCUCAUCGUGUUUGGAGAGACUCUGAUCCAGAAGAGCUCCCCUGACGACGCAGCGCUGAUGGAGGAGGAGCUGGAGGAGAUGCACUCGUACUGUCAGGAGGUGUUUGGGAGAGUGGCUCGAUUCCACCACAGGCUCGUGCACAGGAGACCGAUCCUGGACGAGCUCUCAGACUCAGACUUGGACGCGUCUCCAGACCUGAACCGUGGCCUGUCCUGGACCGAGACGAAGAGGAGGAGGAGGAAGAAGAGAGAUGGGGGGGUGGUGCCGCCGCUGGAGGGGGUGGGGCCUCAGUGUCACCUCUUAGCCCCGCCCCUGGAGCGUUCAGGGCGGGAGACUCCGGUGAGCGUGGACUCCAUCCCUCUGGAGUGGGAUCACACCGUGGACGUGGGCGGCUCCUCUUCUCACGAGGACGAUGACGACGCCACUUUCUUCAGCGCUCUGUCAGAUUUUCAGGUGACGGAGAGCUCUGAGGCGUUUUACAGAGCCACAGUGAGGGCAGUGAACGCAGCACAGGUGAAGUCCAUAAAUGAACGACAGAGCUGGCUCCAGGACGAGUCUCUGAAACAUCAGAUGCUGCAAUGCCUGCACCCAUCUCACCACAACGGCGCCCCCUACCAGCAACAACACGGAUAUGUGAAGCUGAUGUCUGAAUGCAGCGGCAACAUCGACCGAGUGAACCAGGUCAAACUGAUCCUGAACGACGAAGAGGAGCUCAGUGACAGCGGACUCACUCAGAGCAGCACAGACAGGCACCACAACACAGGAGUGAUCGAGCGCUGGGAGCUGCUUCAGGCUCAGUCUCACCACGCGGACGUCUCACAGGAUCCGCAGCAGUGGCACAAGCUGACCUCUGACCUCUGUGAUGUCACUUCCUGGUUGGGCCGAGUGUUACCGGAGCUGGACCAACUCCAACAGCUCUGUCCCUGCUCCAGCCUCAGAGACCUGCAGGACAACAUCUCCAAACUCAAGGAGAUGCAGAGGCUGUUCUGCAGUUACAAAUGUCUCAUGAUCUCUGUGAACCUGGGCGCUCGGCAGCUGCUCCACACUUCCUCCUGCUCCUCUUCCUCUGAGGCCCUGGAGCUCCAGAACCUGCAGGAGAUCCAGGAGGCAGUGGACUCGGCCAACCACAGCUGGGCCCAGGCCUGCUCCUCUCUGCAGGGCUGGGAGCUCCGCCUGCACCAGGGCCUCUGCAAGUGCCAGGAGUUCCAUGAGUCUCUUCACUCUCUGCUGCUGUGGCUGUCUCAGUGUGAGGGCCGACUGUACUCUGUGAACCUCAGAGACCAGAGUGUGUCCAGAGACCAGCUCGUCCAGCACAGGGACACGCUCCAGUCUCUUCAGGAGGAGCUCCGUAGUCGUGAGGAGCAGGUCUCUUCUCUUCAGGCUUUGUCCUGUGAGCUCCUGGUGGACCUGAGCUCUGAGGAGGGUCUGGAGGCCAGAGAGAAGGUCCAUGUGAUCCACAACAAACUCAGACUUCUGCUGAGACAAGUGCAGAAUGACACCAACACACUCAACACUAGACUGGAGAGGUCCAGGCUGUUGGGAUCUGAAGUGGACAACACAGAACCACUGUCCCACUCCACUCCUGUGAGCUCACACAAGGAGGGACCCAGACUUCAAGCUGCAGAGGAACAACCAGGCAUCAGGAGGGCCCAGCACAGAGACGCCUCCUCCCCACGUCGGCCCUUCCUCAGGCGGGUGCUCCGGGCAGCCUUCCCCCUCCACCUGCUCCUGCUCCUCCUCCUGGUCUUGGCCUGUUUAGUCCCUCUGUCUGAGGACCAGUACAACAGCUGUGCCCUCUCCAACAACUUCGCUCGCUCCUUCUACCCCAUGCUCCGCUACACCAACGGACCCCCACCCACGUGAUCUGCAGCCAAAGGACACCCAACCGCAUCAAGGCAGCACCCAGGACUGCACCCAAGGGACCCCCAACUACAUUACCUACACUAAACAGACACUUUUAUCACCUUUUAGCACCCAAAAGACCCACAUAAAACAGCACUGAAGGGACCCUCACCCACGUAAAUAUGAACACAAGGGAAGUAACAAUAACCAAAAAUCAUGAGUGUAUCCUCAAAAGUCUGCACUGUUUUCUUGCAGCUGCAGCUAAAACCACAGACGGAACUACAUAGACCAUGAUCCUUUGCUCGUCGUUAGUACAGACUGCACUUUUAAAUCUUUAAUUUCAUGGAUUAUGACAGAAAUUACAGCACUAAAGUCUUGUCAAAGCAUUUUAAAAGUUAAGUUAGACUCUCCAUAGACUGUAUAUAUAAAUGGACAUGCUGCUCCAAACAGGAAGUGAGCAUGGGCAGGCUUCUGGCUCCAUCGGCUCUGGCUCCAAUUGACUUUAUAUUGAAAAAUGGUCUCCUCUCUCUGUAAGUGCUACAGUGAGCCUCGUCAUUUUGUUCUUCAAAUAUUCGUAUUAACCCGCUCUAAAUGAUAAUGAUGUUUUAAUUUCGCUAUUUUGACCUGGUUCCAAAUUCACUCCUAUAACUGUCAGCCUCAAUGAGCUUCAUUUGACUGGAGCUGAACACUAUAGGUGACGUCCCACUUGCUUAGUCCACUUCUUUACACAGUCUAUGUUUGUGAUAAUGUCGUACCGUGAGAUUUGGACAUUGUUACAUCCCAAACACAAACACAAACACGCACGAGCCUAUGGACCAUGUAUGCUUAUGUAAACCGCAGAGGAACUCACUCGAAUACAACUGGAAUUAUAUUUUUUGUCUACAGCCCAACAGCGUAAUAACAGUAAUUUUAGGCUAAAUGAGGAAAUGUGACCCGUGGAGAAUUAUACUUAAUAUUAUCCUCCAUUUUAACUGUUUUUGCACUUAUACAUUUUUAAAUUCUAAGGAGAAAAAGUUCAAACGAUGCUUUAUUUUGACUAUUUAAGACGUUCUAUCGCACAUUUAGAAAAAAUAUUGAAAUGCAGUUGAGAUUUCAUAAUUUAUUUAUUUUUUAAUCUCUAUAAUUUAUCUGAUUUAAAAUAUUAUCAGUUUUCAAAAGUGUCCUGUUUUUAUAAAUUACACUGCAGUGAAUUGUAAUUUUCAACUAUGACAUACCAAGUCAUGGGCAAUUUGUGUGACAUUUUGCUCAAAUUCUAAUAUUUAAUAGGUCUAAAUGUAGAUUUUAUCACUUAUCAAAAAUGUUCCAGAUGUUAGGAGUCAAUUUUUCUCGACCAUCAAAUGAUUUCCAAAUUUUGCAUUUUAAUUUCGACAAAAAAACAAAAACUGAAAUCUCAACUGCUCAUUAUUAUUUAUUUGGUUUGAAUGUAUUGAACUAAAGUCUAACCAAAGUUUAAUCUUUAUUUUUCCUGUAUUAUAUAAGCAUUUUUAUAUUUUUGGACAAUUUGGAUUUCAAACCUGAUAUUACUCUAAAGGUGCGCAACAUUUCCUUUCAAAAUAAGAGCCUGUUGAAUAUUUUAUCCAGACUAAAUUAACCCUGUAUUUAUAAUUGUAUUUAUUUAUUUUAUUUGGAAAGAUGUAAAAAUUCAAGCCAUAUCACCCAUUUCCAUAACGUCCUCGUAGAUUUUUUUGUUUGAAAUUGUCAUUUUUGGACCUGAAUUUCUCAAAAAACCAAAGUGUCCAAGCCAUUUUCCUACACUGCAGCUAUUUUUCACAAAGGGAGGAUAUAAUGUACUUGUAGCAUAUUUGUACAGAGCUGAAAAUGUUUUUGCUUUUGCUGAAUUUUAGAGAUAUUUAUGAUAAAGUAUACUAUGUUUUCAGAAUCAUGGAGUGUUUUGAUUUUUUGCGUUGUUAGUAAAAGUAAAUUAUCGUUGAAAUUCUGUAAAAACGUGUGAAAUUUUAAAGGGACAGUGCCACAAACUGAAUGUCUAAGUUCUGUUGUAUUAU